AUGACUUGGAUACUGAGUACUGGUAUGGGCUCUCAUGAGGAUAAGUAUGGCAAGCAUGAUCGAACGACUUUUAGAAAGACAUACAGUUCCAUGAAAACGCUGUCUUUGAACCAUUUGACUGCUAAGCAGCAUAUGCUGAUGGCUCUAUGUAGGGACAUAUCCCUUUUACCGCCGUUAACCUACAUCUUCACAUCUUUGCGGAAAGCUUGGAAAGUCUCCAUGCGUACCAGCAUAAAACUUUACGAGCCACAAUCACUGAGGGAUACCUUCACAUAUUUCUGGCAAAAGCUUAAUAGUGCCUACGACAACAACUCAUCAUUUGAUGGGGCUCCGAAGAAAGGUGUAAGCGGUGACGAUAAGGAUUCACUUCUGCUGUCUGCCCUAACCACGGCCAGAGCGUCCGAAUAUCUUCUUUGCUCGCUUUGGUGCUUAGUGUCUUUAUACCUCUCGUAUGCCAUUCUCGACUCUUUGAUGGUCCGCUGGAUUGUUAAAUACUCCACUGUGGCCGCAAUCUUAAGAAUGUUCUCCAUGUCGUUGAUCAUCGUCACAUUGGAGCUCCUUCUACUAUCAUCUUUGUCUCCUGAGCUCGACUAUUUUUUGCAUACGUGGAUACUCAUUAGUUGUGUGCUAACCGCAGUAUACAUUUGGCAAAGCUAUCUUACUUCGGAUCUGAGGUAUAUCAGAAAUCGAGAAGGUGAAGUACAAGAGGACACCACUGUUCGAGAAGAAUCCGAUGACUAUGAUGAUGGUGUACAAGACGUUGAUGAGGACUCACAUGUCGUCGUAGCAGACGAAAACACAAUGGAUGUCCUUCCCAACGAUAUUCUCUCCGAUGAUAGUGAUGACCGAUCAUUUCCUAUUAAUAGGUCCUUAGGAUCGCAUUCGCAGAGCCCUAAAAGAUCAAAAAAACUUCCAAAAAAAGCAUUUAACUUCACUACCAAGAGAACGAUAGAUUUAUACAAAAUUACUGUGCUCUGUGUUGUUCCUGUGGGAUUGGCUAGUUUUAUCACCAUGUUAGGUUUACUGCGAAACUUGUUCAUCCAAAGAUUGGACGUAGAGCAAUUAGAAAGAAUACUGCAUGAAAUGCAUCCAUCCGCAUAA